AUGAGUUGUGACAGUGAUGAACUACAAAGAAGUAGAAGCAAACUUAAAAGGGUGGCAGCCAAGGAGUCCUUGAAUGUAGGAGAUAGAAUCUACCUUCCUUUAUCUGUAGGCAAUCAUGCGCAGCCUCUUUCUAAGAGAGAAAGCUUUCGUUGCAAUGAAGAAGAGUGUAAAUUCGUUUGCAGUUUGGUUUUGUAUAAGGAUCCAGCCAUUACUGUCUUGAAUAAACCUCAUGGUAUGGUUGUUCAAGUAAGUCAUAUGUACUUCCAUGCUUUCUGA